AUGUCGGGAUACAGUCUGGGCGACACCAGCGUCAAGACGACGCUCAAGUACGGCCUGAACCCCGCGGCGAAGAAGAAGGGACCCGCGGGUAAGGCCAAGAAGGGUCCGCUGAAACCCGCGCUCGCGGCGUUCGCGGAGGAUUCCGACGAUGACGACGCGAAGGACGAGCGCGAACGGGCCAACGCGGAGAUCGCGAGGCAGCAGCAGGCCGCCAGGAACGCCCAGAAGGCCGCCGAGCUGCACAAGCAGGCGCUCGAGGCGGACGCCGCCAUCUUCGACUACGACGGGCACUUCGACGGCUUCCAGGACUCGCGUAAGCAGAAGCUCAGGGCGGCGGACGACGAGCGCGUCGAGCGAAAGAGCCGGUACAUCGAGUCGCUCAUCGCCAAGCAAAAGGAGCGAGAGCGCGAGCAGGACAUCAUCUACGAGCGCCGGUUACUGAAAGAACGCGAGAAGGAGGAUCACCUGUACGGGGACAAGGAAAAGUUCGUCACCGCGGCGUACAGGAAAAAGCUGGAGGAGGAUCGCAAGUGGCUCGAGGAGGAGAAGAUCGCCGACGCGAGGGAAGCCGCGGACGACGUCACCAAGAAGGGCGACCUCUCAGGUUUUUACCACAACCUCAUGUCGAGGAACGCGGCGGCGGGCGCGGUGGCGGACACGUCGCGCGCCGCGCCGGAGCCGAGCGCCAGCGAGGAGGAGCUGGCGAAGUUGAGGGAGAAGGAGGAGAGGGAACGGGCGGCGGAGGAGGGCGCGAGGCGCCGCGCCGCGUACGAGCGGCUGCGAGAGCUGGACGAGAAGGAGGAGGCGGAGGCGCUCCGGCGGGCGGAUCCGGGGGAACCGGAGAAGCGCCGGAAGCCUUCUGGACCUUCUGGAGGGGGACUGGAAGUUCGCAGGCACCCGGCGGAGGUGGAGGCGGAGGAGAGGGCGGCGGCCGAGAGGGCCAAGGCGGCGGAGGAGGCGGCGAAGGAGCUCGAGGCGCACACGCUCGAGGAGCAACGAAAGGCCAAGGCGGACGACGCCAAGGCGAGGUACUUGGCUCGGAAAGCCGCGAGGGAGGCUUCAACAGGAGGCGCGUCCUGAUGUCGGUACGAAACCGGUGGUUCUUAAGAGAAGAAACGUUCGUUCGAGACACCAAGAAACCAUGCACUAAGUCUUAAGACUUACUCU